AUGUAUGAGUAUGCAGUUAUUUUAAUAGUCCUAAGCCUAAUAAAGGCUGCAGUUGCCAUUGGUGGUUUGGCUUUUUCUCUUGUUCGUGUUCCAACUGAGGUUGUUAAGCAAAGAAUGCAAACUGGACAGUUUAGUUCAUCUGCUGCUGCUGUCCGUCUCAUUGUCGCCAAGGAGGGUUUCAACGGUCUAUAUGCGCUAUGUAAUGGAUAUAAAUCCUUCCUAUUGCGAGAUUUGCCAUUUGAUGCCAUACAAUUUUGCAUAUAUAAGCAGCUUCGGAUAGGCUAUAAGUUAACGGCCGAAAGAGAUCUGAAUGAUCCAGAGAAUGUUAUGCUUGGUGCUUUUGCUGGUGCUGUAAUUGGAGAAGUUACUACUCCUCUGGAUGUUGUAAAAACCAAAUUGAUGGUUCAAGUUCAAACAAUCUACCUUAUUUAUCACUCCCCAUGA